AUGGACACAAAGCUCACUUCAGAAAUGUUCCGAAACACAAACGUUUGCACGCAUUCGUACUGCUUCGACUGCAUUCGCGGGCACGUAGCCGCAAAGAUCAAGGAGAAUAUAACACAGGUGAAGUGUCCACACCUACAAUGCAAAGGGUUAAUAGGACCCGAAAUCUGUCGAUCGAUUGUCCCAAAAGAAGUACUCGAAAGAUGGGAAAACUCGCUAUGCGAAUCCAUGAUUCUUGCUUCUGAGAAGAUAACCUACUGCCCAUUUAAAGAUUGUUCAGCUAUGUUGGUGGAUGAUGGUGCUGAAACCGUGACCUCAUCGGUAUGCCCAAAUUGCAACCGAUUGUUUUGCGCAUCGUGUAACGUAGUUUGGCAUUCGGGUUUCGAUUGUAACGAGUUUCGGGGACUAAAGAAGGGGGAGAAAGAUCCAGAGGAUUUGAAGUUGAUGGAUCUUGCAAAGAGAAAGAAGUGGAAGAGAUGCCCAAAUUGCAAGUAUUUUGUAGAAAAAGUAUCUGGUUGUUUGCACAUUUCUUGCAGUGUGGAAGAAGAUGACUACGCAGAAGAUGACAACGACGAUGACUACGAAGAUCGCUGUGAAGACGAGAACGAAGAUGACUACGCAGAAGACGACAACGAAGAUGACUACGAAGAAGACGAAGAUCACUGUGAAGACGACGAAAAUCAAGUUUAG